AUGUCCGAGUAUGCACAGGAAGUGAAGCAGGUGGAGGAGCUGGUGGCUCGUGCGACGGAUGAAGCGCUUGUAGAGCCAGAAUGGGCACUUAACAUGGAAAUAUGUGACUGUGCUAAUGCACAUCUCACCGUGUGCGACGACAUUGUGCGUUUGUUGCAGUGUCGUCUGCAAAGUGGUGAGCCGAAGGUGACGUUGCUGACGCUGAUUUUGACGGAAACGGUCGUAAAGAACGGACCACGUGCACUUCACAGCCAAGUGGGCUCUACAUUCUUUUUGAAAGAAGUGGCGGCAUUGUCCGAUGGAAGUUUGGGCAUUGACGUGCAGAAUCAAGCGCUACUAUUGAUCCGCCAGUGGGCCGAUGCCUUUAAAGGCAGUGAACUACAAGCUUUUGAAGAUAUAUAUAGGCAACUAAAAAUGCAGGGUGUGAGAUUUCCAGAGGUGGAGAAUGACGUUCCUAUUUUUACGCCCCCGUCGUCCACAGCGUCGGCUUUUGCUGCUACUGGACAGGACGAGAGUUACCCAGCUGUUGUUUCUGAGAGAUGCACGAGAAAGAAACAGUUGGAGAAGCUUCAAGAUGACUUGAAGCUAGUGCAGCAAAAGAUCAAGCUAAUGAGGGACAUGCACACUUGUGGACAAACUGGCGAGCAGUUGGAAGAUGUCCUGGAUUUCUUACGGCAAUGUCAGCCAAGAAUGAACACGCUAAUUGAAGGAGGAGUUAUGGGCAAGAUCGACGAACAUACGCUGGAACAGUGUCUUAACGUGAAUGAUAAUUUAAUGAAGACUCUGGAGGAGUGCAGCAAAACCAAGAGUAAGGACCUGAUGACCUUCGAUUCGCCACCAAGUGCUAGCCACAUGACGCAAGAGGUAGCUGAGCUGGAUUUGAAUGAAGGAGGUAGAGCGUUGGAUUCAGUCGCUGCAGCUCCACGAUCAGUGCUUUUGUCUCCUGCACGCUCGGCUCCCAUCGAUAUGGAUGAUGGUGUGGUGUAG